AUGCAUUUUAUGUGGGCUGAGCUAAUCAUGUGUAAGGAAUCGAUUUUGCUUAAACAGUGCGUAGUGAAACUAAGUAGCCGUUCACAGAUAUCCUACUUUCACACUGGCACCUCGUUGCAAGCUAUAGGGCUUUCAGACAAGAACACUCUCGACCUUAUGGAGAAAGAUCUUGCUGAAUUUGGUGUCGCAAUGACACAGGAAGUGACCGAUCUUACCAAUGCAGCAAAAGGAGGUAUUGGCACGGCGACGCACGUUAUAAAAGAACAGGCUCAGUAUCUGGAAAAGUUGGUUGCUCCAGACGUUGAAGAGAAUCCAUUAAUCCCCGAGGUUGAAGCCUCUCCUCCCCUGGCAUCCUACCCACGAGGCGUCUGUGCGACCAUUGAGGGCAUAAAGGCAUGGAUAUUAUCGAAGGCGAACUUCGAUAAUGUUGAUGCUGAGACGCCAGAAGAGAAACUAACACUUCCUGAACGGAACAUGAACAUUGAUGAAUGCAGAGUGUAG